AUGACUUGGCGGGCUGUUGCUGUCGAGAACCCCGACUUGGGUCAAGUUCAGCAAGCCCCGACACAGUGUCACGAGGGUUGUCUGGUCUCUUAUGAACCGGGUUGGCUGAAAAUUCUAGGAAACCAACAAGACCCAUCCGACGAGGAGCUGUUCGGAGUGCCGAGAUCCGUGGUCAUUGGUGGCGCCGUUUUGGGGCUGGUGGCGCUGGUGGCCGGUGGAGUGUUCGCGGUGCCAUCGCUGCGCCAGGCGGUACUGCGACGCGUGUCCCGGCGCCAGCGCAACAAGAUCGACGUGGAGCGGAACCUGUUGGCACCCGUCACCAUCCAGGCCAUCAACCAGCGACUCCGCAAUGAGCAGCACCACCAGCGGGACCGAGAAGGAGCCACCGCGGACAUCGGUAACAAGCCGCAAGUCGUGGCGCUGGGUGACGUGGUUCGUGUUCUGCCGCCAGCUGUCGCUCCUAGACCGGACCAUUCUCUCGCGAGUCAAGAGGACGCCAUCUACAUACAGCCUGCCAACGUGUACGAGAACCUGCGCCCCGGGGCAGCGCCACCGUCACCUCCACCACCACCACCGCCACAACAACAACAACAACACCGGACUCGCAACACCAUCUAUGCGAACCUUCGCGCACAGUUCCUCUCGUCGUCGUCAUCCUUGUCGCCGACAGAGGCCACCUCCAACACGCGGCAGUCACAACAACGGCCGCCGCUGCGGCCCAAACCCAACAAGGCUGCCAUCAAUAAUAAGACCCGCUCAUCCAGUGGCGGCGGCCAUGUGAAUGUGGGUGCGGAUCUGCGCGACGACGCUAGUGCUGCAGCAGCAGGCGCCACGGCGGCGGCAGUGAGUGCCAGUGCUGGCACGAGCAGGCGGGCCAGCAAGCCCUCGGGCUCUGCCAUUUACGCCGCUGUCAAGAAGUUUGAGGGCAGAUGAUGAUGAUGAUGAUGCUACGUUGAUGAAAUUCAACUCGUUCACGUUUAUCUGCCUCAUCGUCGUCUGGAUCCGCGAAGCAUCAUCGUCCACAGGUUUUUGAUCUCAAAAGCAAGCAACGAAGAGAUAACAGUAGGUGAUGGCCCCACGAGUAAAUGAACUCGAACAUCAACAGCAUUAUUUCCCGCGGAAAUCGUGCCAUGCAAAAAAAAAAGUGAAUCCGAAUAUUGUUUUUUUUUUUUAAUUCUCCUUCUGGAAACUGCCCGUUGCUCGUGAACAAGCAAUGUGAUUUUCACGCGAUCGACGAUAAAUGUUUUUAAUAUUGUCCACGAAAAAAGAAGUGAUUGCAUAUCUCGUUAUUUUGACAGAGAAAGAGAGACAAAAAGAUUGUGGUUUAUUGUACACUCUGAAGAUGGAUUAUAUAUCGAUUACGUUCCGCAAAAGGA